UCUCUCUCAAUUUCUCUAUCUCUCUCUCUCUCGCAUACACAUUCUCUCUCUCUUACACAUUCUCCUUCUCUCACACUCUCUACCCCUCUCUCUAUUUCUCUCUCUCUCUCUUUACCUCUCUCUGUAUCUCUCUCUCUCUGUAUCCCCCUCCCUCCUCCCCUCCCUCUCUAUCUCUCUCUCUCUUUCACUCGGUGCCACAACAACAACAACAACAGGCGAUGGCCGGGAUCACGAGCGCGGUUCGGUGAUCGAACGGUGCUCGAGCCGCCCUCCGUUUCCGUUCGCUCAAUCGCUCGCUCUCUCAGUCGUGCGCGCGGUCUGUGCGCGUGCGCUCCUCCCGCGGACAGACAAAAGCGGCGCGUGCGCCCGCACCCCCACCUCGGGUAGGAGUUUACGUCAAAGCGUUUAAAGCCUCUGCAGGUGCGCGGCGGCGGAGAGGAGCGCGCGCCUCUCUCUCUAUCUCUCUCUCUCUCUCUCUGGCUAUCCCUCCCUCUUUAUAGCUAUCUAUCCCCCUCUCCCCCGUUCCCUCUCUCUCUCUCUCUCUCUCUCUGUAUGUUUAAGAGGAAAGCCCUUCUCCAGGUCGAGCAAAUGAAAGACUGAAAGGAGGACGAGGAGGAGGAGAAAGAGAAGAGAGGGAAUAGAAAGAUAAGAAGGAGGAGGAGGAGGAGGAGAAGAAGGGAGGCGGUGGAGGUUUUCAGAGGUCGCUCCAGUUGGUCCGGUUUGUACUGCGCGCGCUCGGUUUCUCUCCGGCUGAAGGAAGUGUUGUUGAAGCUCUGUAAUCUGGAGCGUGGGAAAGCGGCGUUUUCUCCCGGGAGUCCAGAAGAGCUGCAGCCUCCUCCGCGCUCCGUCCGCGGUCCUCCCGGUUCCGCCAUGGCUCGGGAGAACGGAGAGUCGGGCAGAGACUCGUGGAAGAAGCAAGUUGACGACGUCAAGAAGAUCUUUGAGUUCAAGGAGAUCCUCGGGACGGGUGCGUUUUCAGAGGUGGUUUUGGCUCAGGAGAGAGCUACAGGCAAGAUGUUUGCCGUGAAGUGCAUCCCGAAAAAGGCCCUGAAGGGGAAAGAGAGCAGCAUUGAAAAUGAGAUUGCUGUGCUCCGCAAAAUAAAACAUGAGAACAUUGUUGCUCUGGAAGAUAUCUACGAAAGCUCAGAUCACCUUUACCUUAUAAUGCAACUGGUCUCGGGUGGGGAGCUGUUUGACCGGAUUGUGGAGAAAGGUUUCUACACAGAGAAAGAUGCCAGCACGCUCAUCAGACAAGUCCUGGAUGCAGUGAACUACCUACACAGCAUGGGAAUCGUACAUAGAGACCUGAAGCCAGAGAAUCUUCUUUAUUUUAACCCUCAAGACGGCUCAAAGAUCAUGAUCAGUGACUUUGGUCUUUCGAAGAUGGAGGGCACGGGUGAUGUCAUGUCCACUGCCUGUGGCACGCCUGGAUAUGUGGCUCCCGAGGUUCUGGCUCAGAAACCAUACAGUAAAGCUGUUGACUGCUGGUCGAUUGGAGUAAUUGCCUACAUACUGUUGUGUGGCUAUCCCCCGUUCUAUGAUGAAAACGACUCCAAGCUGUUUGAGCAGAUCCUAAAAGCUGACUAUGAAUUUGAUGCACCUUACUGGGAUGAUAUCUCUGAUUCAGCUAAGCACUUCAUCGGCUGUUUGAUGGAGAAGGACUCCUCUAAACGCUACACCUGUGAGCAGGCCCUUCGUCAUCCAUGGAUUGCUGGAGACACCGCCCUCUGCAAGAACAUCCACGAGUCUGUCAGUCGGCAAAUGCGUAAAAACUUUGCGAAGAGCAAAUGGAGGCAAGCCUUCAACGCCACGGCGGUGGUGAGGCACAUGCGGAGGCUGCAGCUGGGCAGCAGUAUGGGGAACAGUAUGGAUGCAGGUCAUGCGGGCGGCGCUCAGAGCCGAGGGCAGGCGGCGAAGCUGACGGCAACUCCAUCACCAAACCAACCCCAACCCCAAAGCCCCGCCCCAACCGCAGCAUCCGCCGUCAGCCAAUCACAGAAACCUGCUCAGAGCCAGAACCAGUAUCACAUCAACAAUAUGUCUACAGAGUCUCCUCCUAUACCGCGCAAAGACUGUGCAGCUCCUCCCCUCGCUUCCUGCUCCCUGGCGUCCGCAGCUUCCGCUCAGGCUCCGGGGGUGGAGCCCUGCAGGCCACACCCCUCCUCCGUUGCCUCGGUGAGCACUGUGCUAACGGGGACUAAGUGACGCCAGGUCCUGCGGGGAGAGAGCUGGGAGGCCACUGCCCUGUAAGCCCCGCCCCUCAGCCCACUCCCCGCCCUGCCGCCAGAGGACCGGCAGAGGACUCGCCCACCCACCAAAUCGCCAUAAAUAACCACCGAGAGACUCGACGCUGCUCGCCGCUCGCAGCACACCACAACACGUCCUGCCAUUCGCCCUCCGGCGCCCCCUGGAGGAAGGAGGAGGAAGUGGAGGAGGAAGAGGAAGAGGAGGAGACGAAAUGCAUGUGGAGGCAGGACGAGUGGACACAGCUGGAGAUGGAGACGUGGACAGUGCUGAGGACGGAGUGUGUUAUGAAUGUGCUACGAAUCACAGCAGCCAUUUUACCCUUCAGACAGAACUCAGAGAAAAAGGACUUCAGAGGAAUGUUUGAGCUUGAGUGCAUCUGCCUUUAGCACCAGACAGAACCAAUGUCUAACUGAUUCUUCUUCUUAUUCUACUUCUAUAGCUCUUCCCGCUUGUUUCCAUUCCAUCCUCACGAUCUUUUCUUCUCACUCGGCACUUCCUGUUGGCUGUUGUGUGAAUUGCUAUAGAGAGGGUCUUUUUUUGUUUUUUUGUUUGUAGUUUUGUUUUAAUUAUUUCUAGAGGGGUUUUUUUUAGUCUUUCUUGGGUUCUCGUUGAUUCAAUGAUUCAACGAUUCGUCGUUCAAUGAUUGCUGACCUGCAGAAGUGCUUUAUAAAACACAUUAGACUGUUCAGAGCCGUUAUCUGGGUCUGAGUUUAAUCUGUUUGCACGUGGCGCGAGAGCUCCUCAGCCAUUGGCUGAAUAACUGUUGUCCUGGAGAGAAGAUGGUAGAGAAGUCAGCUCAUCUCUGUUUAGAGAAUGCGCAAUACUUAAAAAAACUAAAAGAGCAUGACCAUACAGUGCUGUAUCUGUAAUAAAAGAUACUGUAUUAGUCACAUCCUGACGUAUGAGGUACGCCUCAAAUAUGUCGCGUACAUUUGUCAUUACAUAUUUUUAAAAUUUCACCCACAAGCAGUGAUUAGUGAAAAUGGUGGAACUGUUACAAACACUCUCUCUCUCUCUUUCUCUCUCUCACACACUUAUACACAGAUAUACACUUAUAUACACUUACACAAGCACACAUACAGUACAGGCCAAAAGUUUGGACACACCUUCUUCUCUUUUUCAAUGAGUUUUCUUUAAUUUCAUGACUAUUUACAUUGUAGAUUCUCACUGAAGGCAUCAAAACUAUGAACCCAAUCCAGAUGGUUUGGGGUGAGCUGGAGCACAGAGUGAAGAAGGCAAAGGGGCAACAAGUGCUAAUAAACACCUCUGGGAACUCCUUCCUUCCUUCCAAGACUGUUGGAAAACUUUUCAUUUCAGGUGGCCACCUCUUGAAGCUCAUUGAGAGAAUAAUGCCAAGAGUGUGCAAAGCAGUAAUCAGAGCAAAGGGUGGCUAUUUUGAAGAAACUAGAAUAUAUAUAUAUAUAUAUAUAUAUAUAUAUAUAUAUAUAUUUUAGUUAUUUCACCUCCAUGUGUUCAUUCGUAGUUUUGAUGCCUUCAGUGAGAAACUACAAUGUAAAUAGUCCAGAAAAUAAAGGAAACGCAUUGAAAAAGAGAAGGUGUGUCCAAACUUUUGGCCUUUUUUACACACAAACACACAGAUUCUUUGAAAAAGCCAUUGCAGCAUCUCUUCAAGCCCAGUGUACGAGUUCUCAGGGAAUUCCACAGCUGCACUGGGCUUGGGAUGCGACAGUCUCAUCCAUCCCUAUUGGCUACAGGACAGCCAGUCCUGAGCUAUCCUUGAUAGAUAAUAGAAUAGGGACUACAGUGUACUCUGUACAUACUCUGCUCUCCAAUCAAAGGUCUUAGAGUCAGGCCAAUGAAAUGAUGAUUAUUCUUAUAUAAUGAUUGUAUUGCAACACGUUGCUCUGGCCAGGCACAUACAUGUGAACAUGUGGGCACAUAUCAUGUAAAUAAGUCCAAAAAAAGCUUUGGACUAUAAUUAAAAAGCUAAGGGCUAAGUAAUGGCUUAAGCACUUCCUUAGAGAAGGUUUUAAAGAGACCAGGGACUCUUUCUGCUCUGGACAGAUACUAUUUGUUAAAGCUGUAGCAACCGGGACUCGAUACACUUGAUUCGGUACACUGAAAAAAAUUAUGCAUAAAAUUUACUUAAGUUUCUGCAUUUGCUUUUUUUAAGUAAAUUUAAUUUAAG